AUGGCGUGGCGAUGUUCUGGAGGCUCAAAUGAGCAGCUGGUUGAGAAUAUGUGGCGGUCCGGUCUUAUUACCGAUCCGCGCGCAAAGGAAGCUUUUCUCAAGGUCGACAGAGCUCACUAUGCUCCUCACUCUCCAUACGAAGACUCUCCACAGUACAUUGGCCAUGAGGCUACCAUCUCUGCACCGCACAUGCACGCCAUGGCGAUUGAGAAUGUAAUGCCUUACCUGAAACCGUCUGCAACGUCUCCUGCGCCUCGUGUCCUUGAUAUUGGCUCCGGGUCUGGGUACUUGACACACCUUCUCGCUGAACUAGUUGGUGAAAAGGGUCUUGUGAUAGGACUGGAGCAUAUCCCCGCUCUACGCCAAAUUGGUGAGGAUAACAUGCGGAAAAGCACAGAGGGGAUGAAGUUAUUAGAUACUGGAAAGGUGCAGUUCAGACUUGGCGAUGGCAGGUUAGGCCUGAAGGAGCCUGCAAGGGCUGGGGAGGAGGACCACGGCACAGAUUGGGAUGUUAUACACGUUGGUGCGUCUGCAAAGGAGUUGCAUAAGACGUUGCUGGAUCAGUUGAAGGCGCCGGGGUGCAUGUUUAUCCCAGUGGACGACGACGAGAGCGGAGUCAUGCAGUCUGUUUGGCGGAUCUCAAAGGACCAGGGCGGCAAGGUCACCAAGAAGAAUAUUUGUGGUGUUCGCUACGUCAAACUGACCGAUCCACCAAUCUAA